GUCGUCUGCUUAUGUGCGCAGUGAGGUGCGACUUUUGACCUUUGAACUUCUACAUUACUACUCUCAGCCAAUGGACGCUGAGCAUACGCACUGAAAUGCUCUGACACAGACUCGUGGUGUUGAAAUAUAAAUAUCACGAAGUGGGCGAUUCAGAGUGUUUGUUUUGAGAGGUGAGUCGAAUGUUAAUUCAGCGCCACUUGGCUAAACGCGUCUGAACGAGGCAACUCGCACAUUCACUAUGUAUCAGGAUUAACUCCCACCUAAUCAGGCUUGUGUUUGGCGUGAUCCUACAUCGUAGACAUUUGUUUUGGGAGUGACUUGCACAUGUUGAAUUGAUGUCAGAGACCAUGCAUGGAGAAGUGGCAGCCCAGAGCAGGAGCACGACUGGGAGAGGACAUUUUGCGUGAUCUGUAACUUUUAGCAGACGGCAGAGUUAUUGGAGUCGAGUUGGUGGUACCGACGCACCGGCCUUGAUCAAUGUCAGUGUCUUCGAGCAGACGACACAGGUUUGAAAGAAACUCGUGUUCGUCUUUCAGCAGACAGAUUUGAAAGACACACAAACAAGUGUCCAUCUUUUAACAGACAGUUUUUGAAGACACAAAUAAUGCUGUUUUUUCUGUCACUACGUUUGGUUUUCCUCAUCGCGAUUGUCUUGAUCAGUGUGUCUGUCGGAACCAGUGUCACCGUGGAGGACGUCCUUCAGUGUUCUGUAGAUUACAUGGAAUGUUGCACUAACAUGAGAGAGGACAGACUGCCGAACCUCAUCUUAAAUUACGACUGCAGUCAGCCUGACAACGUCACCCUCCUCCUACCAGCCGGAACCAACAAAACAUCCCCAUUCCGACUCUUCUUCUCAAACCCGUGCAUCACACGUCUCCCUGAGGAUAUAUGUGAUUAUCCCAACAUUGCAAGCAUACGUGCGGUGAACGGUUAUAUCGAAACGAUUCCCAGCCUUAGCUGUCUGAAGAAUUUGAUAGCUCUGGUACUUUUCAACCAGGAAAUUAAAUCUGUUGAGACGGGUGUGUUCUUUGGUUUGGAAAGGUUGAGAUACAUCAACCUUGCUCAUAAUAAAAUACAUACUAUUGAGCCAGGAGUGUUCAAUGAAGACUUACAUGGAUUGAUGAUGGUUCAUCUUGACCACAACGAGCUGACAGCGUCUGAGGCCUGGCCGAUGAGGAUUACCCAUGACUUCUGUUAUUUCGACCUAAGUUACAAUAAGAUAUCCCAUUUCUCAAACGAAGAAAACUGGUUCGUGGAUGUAUCCAAAAGCUAUGGACCCGGUAUGGUGGACUUUUCUCACAAUUUGUAUACGAAAUGGGUGUCAGAGGAAUUGAAGAUCUAUGGAAUUCAUGAUCUGAAAAUUAUUGGUAUAUUUAUGGCGUGGGGAUUUGACUUCAGACAUAAUAAGUGGAUCUGUGAUUGUAAUUUUCAUGAAUUUCUCCACCUGGCAUCGAAUUUACCUAUGGUAAUAUGGAGGAACUACUUCAAUGUCCUCUGCGACAGUCCAGCUCAUCUGAAAGGAAAGCAAGUGCUAGAUCUGCCACUGGAUGCGUUUGUGUGUAACGUCACGGACAAAUGUCCUCAAGAUUGUUUAUGUCAGGAUCAGCCGGAGAAAAAACAGAUGUUGGUUGACUGCCGUGGUAGAAACUUGACACGUUUACCGUCCACGGUUCCCGACGGUAAUUUAAAACUGCUUUUUGGCGAUAAUUCCAUUACCUUCUUGGAAGCAGUAGGUUAUUUGCAAAGAACAAAAUAUCUUGACGUAUCUAGAAAUAAUAUAAAAAUUAUUGAACCCUCAGCAAUUGACCUUUUGCAAAAUGGGGUUGCAUUUCUGGGCCUAUCGGACAAUCUUCUUGAGUUUUUACCGGAAAAAAUCCAGAACAUCCAUUAUUCUAAACUAGAAAUCAACAGAAACCCAUUUGUGUGCAGCUGUUCCUCCAUGUGGAUGUCACUGUGGCUCAGAUACCAACCUCGGAACUACAACGUCACCGACAUCACUUGCUUGAUGCCAGCGGGCAAUACGGUACAGCUUGUACGAGCAGACAAAAAGUUACUUAGCUGUCAGAUUCGCAGUCCUUUUCCUAAGAUAUUCAGCGCCCUGUUGGGAACAUUUGCAGCCAUAUUUGUGCUUUUGGUGGCCCUUGUUGUGGUGUUUCGGUAUGAAUUGAUGCACCUUCUUCAUACGGGUGCAAAAAAGCUGAAGCGAACUAGGGAUGACGACUCGGAGUACGAUUUGUUUGUGUCGGUGGAUGGAGAGAGUGAGUCUGACCGAGUCUGGUCCAAGAAACUACUUAAUGAAUUGGAGCAGAAUCACAACCUCAGACUGUACUUCCCGCUCCGGGACAUGGACCCGGGGACAGUGAUCACUGAUGAAGUCAUCAAGACGCUCCAGAGAAGCCGCGCAGCUGUCAUUGUGCUGUCUGGUAGCUAUGUGGACAAUCCCUCCAAGAUGUUCGAGUUCACGGAGACCUACAAUAUCAUGGUCAAACAGCGUCGCGGCCGUGUGAUCGUCGCCAGGCUCGACAACGUCACCACUACCAGUAAUGGCUACCUGAACGCUUUUCUAAGACUUAAGAAGUAUAUAGAUGCUGACAACUGCGACUUAUUCGAAAAGAUCGCGCAUGAGGUUCAGGAGGAGAAAUCUCAAAAUUCUCCUUCUCGAUCUGUGAGCGAAAUUGAAAUAAUUGCUUAAAAGUAGUGCCUUUAUUGUGAAACUUGAGUUUCAUCAAUACAGCAAUGUCAGUAAUUGUGGUUCCUACUGAUGUAGAUAAUGGUUCAGUUCAACUCAACCAAUAAACUACAUCAUGUUUUUACGAACUGUGUGCCAUUUGUGUUUCGUCAAAUACAUACUAUACGUAAAAUAUACAUUCUUAAGUCCAUACCGUGAAUCAGCGAAGAUUCCAGAGCAGAAUAAGCCCUAAUAUCCAUGUUCUUCGCAAGAGACUAUUAAGAUAUUGACCUGUGACAUCUGACUGGUUUCUUGGCUGCCAUCGAACCGACGCCUUUGUCUGAUCCAGGCUUCAAUACGUACAGGUCAUUGGGAUGAAGAUUCAAUAUUACUGGCCUAAAGCUUCAGUACUUACAGGUCAUCGUGAUGAAGAUUCAAUAUUAUUGGCCUAAAGCUUCAGUACUUACAGGUCAUCGUGAUGAAGAUUCAAUUUUAUUGGCCUAAAGCUUCAGUACUUACAGGCCAUUGGGAUGAAGAUUCAAUAUUAUUGGCCUAAAGCUUCAGUACUUACAUGUCAUUGGGAUGAAGAUUCAAUAUUAUUGGCCUAAAGCUUCAGUACUUACAGGUCAUCGUGAUGAAGAUUCAAUACUUUUGGCCUCAAGCUUCAAUACUUACAGGUCAUCGUGAUGAAGAUUCAAUAUUACUGGCCUAAAGCUUCAGUACUUACAGGUCAUCGCUAUGAGGAUUCAAUAUUAUUGGCCUAAAGCUUCAAUACUUACAGGUCAUCGCUAUGAGGAUUCAAUAUUAUUGGCCUAAAGCUUCAAUACUUACAGGUCAUUGGGAUGAAGCUUCAAUAUUAUUGACUAUAGGCUUCAAUAACUGUUUUAAUUGUUUUACAUAUCAAUGUAAGGACACUGCUUGGCGUUAAGCGGCUAUUAACUAUACCGUGUCAGGCUUUGAAAAGUAAUGUUGUUCCCAUAUCUUGCCAUAAUAAUUUCAUCUUUGUACUCAGUAUUCUGUAUAUUCUGUUUUAAAGGUCUGUACUCCUUGGCAGAUUAUGUGUAUAACCAAUGAGAGAUUUUACUGUGUUGCAAUAUAAAAGACAUUGACUAAAAUAUGUAACCGAUGGGUUCAUUACACUUUCCACGUGGAUGUGGUAAACUCGUCCAAGACACUGGUGGUGUAAGGUGCCGCAUGUCGCUGUGUGGAGAUACGUACCCUCACCCUACAUGAUCCAUUAAUCGGGUGCUCGAAUCCCGCACGUAAACGUUGAUCUGUCAAACCACAGCCAUGUUCGCUGUACCAACAUUCAGUAGACUUACGGGAUAAAACUGAAAGUCGUAACGCAGCAGUGUUACGUCAAUUCGUUUGUCCAAGUCUACAUUAUUUGUUUGUUUGUUUAACGCCGCAGUCAACAAUAAUCCAGCAAUAUGACGGCGGUCUAUAAAUAAUCGAGUCUGAACCAGAAAAUCCAGUGAUUGGGAUAGGAUGGCAUGCAUCAGCGGGCCGGACUACCCGAUCCAGUUAUUCGCCACUUACGACAAGCAUAGGUUGCUGAAGACCUAUCCUAACCCGGAUCUUCACGGGGCCUAAGUCUACUUGAUGUGAGGAUGCACCGAGGCACAUAUCCCUGUCAGAGGCAUUGGAAUUUUCUAGAAUUUUGCAAUAGAUAUUUAUUUUCAUAUGUCAUAUUCAUUAUACAAUUGUUACAUGUUAUUCUUGCCCCAAUGUAGCUAGACGGGGGCCAUGCUGCAUGGCCUGAUGAAUAUGUAUUGUCUGUGGAAUUAUGAAACAGUUUCAGGCGAUGUUAAGUGUUUUUGUACGCGUCGAUAAAUAAAAUCAUUAAUAAUAAUAA